UUGAUAGUGAUAUUUUAUAAAAAUUCCGAAUAAUUCGAAAAAUCAAGGGAAUGAUUUUGAUAAUCAUCAUAGCGUCGAGUUUUCUUUGCAGGAAAUUUAGAAAACUGUUGGAAAACUUCAACAAACUUUUUCAUUUCCUGCAAAAAACACCCAACGAAAUUUAAAAAACUAAAAUGAAAAGAAAGCAAUUAAAAUUGAUAUCAAUUAAAUGAGUAAUUCUAGAGCCAGACAUACUUUUUUUAUUAAAUCUAUAAUACCACUUAGCUUUCAAUUAUUGUAGGACAUAUAGAGAAGAACAAUAUAUCAUAACUUAAUGCCAUGCCAUAUUAUGUAGACACCAAAGAAUAUUAUCGUAUGUUAUAACGGAUAUAAACUAAACUUAAACACUUGUUGAACGAUUGGUACUUGAACAAAUUUUAACUUUAUUACCAUGAAUAAUAUAUGAAUGAAUAAUUUAUCUAAGCUUUAAUAGUUUAGUGCCAAAAAACCGAUAACUAGAGAUUGUUUUAUUAUUCGGGAAAAUGUUUGCCUUACUUUAGAAUAAAUAUAGUUUUAAAGAACCAUAUUUAAAGGCAAUACGACCCCAUAACACUAGACUGGGUGCUUCACAACUCUGCUUAGUUUUGACAGAUUGUCAAAGGUACUGAUUUUCUUUAACAAGCUGUCAGAACGUGAACCGUUCAAGAUAUUUAUUACAGAGGGAAAAAAGCAUAAUUUAAGGACAUGCAACAAACACCGAGGAGGGCCUCAGCCAAGGGCAAGGGUCGCGUUCAACCGGCAGCUAAAGGAUGCUGCUGCAAGCGUUCGCAAUGCAUCAAAAACUACUGCGAUUGCUAUCAGUCCAUGAUGGUUUGCACUCAGUUCUGUCGGUGCGUCGGCUGCCGUAACACCGAGGAGCGAAUGGCCGUGGAGCCGCGUAUACCGUCCAGGAACUCCAAUGUCAUGAAGCGGGAGCGAGCGGCUGCCAUGAGUGCCAAGGCAGCUGCAGCCGCUGCCAAGGAGGGCUUCAAUAUCCCAGUGCCGCCCAUUGCCAUUGUUCCGACCAAGCAGUCGUCGGCCAUGGCACCAGUAAAUAUCAUUCGCAUGGCUCCGGAUUCCUACAAUGUUGUCCUUCAACAAGUAGCAACAAUGCCUCCCCAAAUGAUAUCAACUGGCGACAUGGAAAUUGAAGAGAUUCCGGAUACUCCGGAUACUGCCAUGGAUUUGCAGGAUCCUGAAGUGCAGCUAGAGGCAAAGGAGCCGCCGGAUACGGAUUUCCGUGAAACUCGCAACUUCUUUACUCCGGAAAUCAAUGAAGCACAGUUAAUAUGCUCCCUUAUUCAGGGUUCUGAGGCUGAGGAGCUGGGACUUAACCGUACCCAGGUGGGCCGCCUUGCCAUCAUUGAAUUUGGAAACUGCUUCAAGGAGGUAUCAGAAAAAAUUUUACAGCUGUAACUUACAAUAGUCAUUUCAUUAAAGCUAUAAUAAUA